AUCUGGACAUGCGGAUCGGCAUCCACUCGGGAUCCGUGCUCUGCGGCGUGCUGGGGCUGAGGAAGUGGCAGUUCGACGUGUGGUCGUACGACGUGACCCUGGCCAACCACCUGGAGUCGGGCGGCAUCCCCGGGCGCGUCCACAUCUCCCAGGCGACCCUCGAGUGCCUCGGCGACUCGUACGAGGUGGAGCCGGGCGACGGCGGGGCGCGAGACCCCUACCUUAAGGAGCACGAUGUGACCACGUUCCUCAUCAAGCGCACGGAGCCCCUGCGGAGGACCAGGGGCCGCAGCAGGCACCCCAGGUCGCCGCCGAAGAAGUCCAACCUGCUGCAGCCCCCUGUCGUCAUCACACUGCCCUCAGGCGAUCAGGUGACGGAGCCGAUGGGGGAGCAGGUGUCGGUGCCGGAGAUCCGAACCAACGGCUACACCAUGGGCAACGGGACGGGAGUGCCGACCAACAACGUGUCCGCCAACGGCGACCUGGACAGGGAGGGGACCACCCAGGGAGACCGAGACGGCACCACCAGCGCCGCAGAGUGGAUCCCCGAGAUCCCGUUCAAAGAUCUCAACUCCCCGCGAGUGGAGCUGGACGAGGACUCGUUCUUUGAGACGGACGAGAGGUCCGCGACGCCCAUGGGGACGUCGGUGGCCGGCGACCGCGACCGGGACGACCCCGUCGGCGUCAUCAUGGAUCACUCCAUGGAGAUCGAGAGCAACGAGAGGAUGCGCAAGGAGAACCUGAACCGGUGGACGCUCAAGUUUAACGACCCCGAGAUGGAAAAUAAAUUCUGUUGCCUGAGGGAGGACAUGUUCAAGUCCAACAUGGUGUGCUGCUUCGUGUUGUGGCUCCUCAUCGUGGCCGGGCAGACCGUCAUGCUACCGGCCACGUUCGUCCUCGUCGGCUCCCUGACCGCCGCCACGGUCAUCCUGUCCGGCGCCAUCGUGCUGGUCAUGGCCGAGGAGUUCGCCUGGGUGCCGGCCAGCAUCCGGGCCAUGUCGUCGCUGCUCGUCAACAACCGCUUCUACCGCACGGCCUUCGUGUGCGCCGUCCUGGUCACCAUGGCUGUCUUCGCCUCCCUCAGCCUGGUGGUGUGCUCGUACAAUAUCCAGACAGGUAACGAUAUCGAGGUCAGCGGGAACGGCACCGUCACCACCACUUCCACCACCAGCAUCACCACGGGCACCGCCACCACAGUCUCCAGUAUCACAGUGGUGGUGCGCGCGGACCCGUUGCUGGGCCCGGCUCGCUGGGAGAGGCAGCAGGCCGCGCUCCGGCUCAGGCACCGUCGGGAUUGCGCGCAGUCCUGGCCCAACGCCUCCGCGUCCCCCUCCCGUUGCCGGCCCACGCGCGCCGCCCGACCCGUGGCCAACGGGACCGUCGAGCUCGCCGUCGAGGCGCUGCCGCAGCAGAGCGAGGUGAUGUCGAACAACAACUACAAGUGCGGCAACCUCACGGGGAGUGCGUGCAGGGAGUUCCUCAGCAAAGUGGGGUGCUCGUCGCCGGAGUACUCGGUGUACUCGUGGGUGGUGUGCCUGGUCGCCAUCGCCACCUGCCUCAAGCUCUACUUCCUCGUCAAGACCGCCCUGGCCGUGGCUCUGGUGGCGGCGCAGUCCGUGCUCAUCGUCUGCACGUUCCCCCAGGUCUUCUCGCGCGACUACACCAGCCGCAUGCUCACCCCUGCCACGCAGAUGAUGACGCUGCUCGCCGUGUUCCUCACGCUCGUCAUCCACCACGCCCGCCUCGUGGAGAUCAUCUCGAGACUCGACUUCCUGUGGAAGCAGCAGGCGGCCCGCGAGCUGGAGGAGAUGCUGGAGACGCGCCAGAACAACAACCAGCUGCUGCUCAACAUUCUGCCGGACCACGUGGCGACGCACUUUUUGUCGCAGGACCGGCCGCCCGAGGAGCUGUAUUCUCAGGCCCGCGACAAAGUUGGCGUUUUAUUCGCCAGUAUACCGAAUUUCACUGAGUUCUACUCCGAAGACAUCAACAAAGGCAUGGAAUGCAUUCGGCUGCUCAACGAAAUCAUCGUUGAUUUCGACGAGCUGCUCGACGAGCCGCGAUUCGUGGUCAUCGAGAAGAUCAAAACGGUGGGCGCAACUUACAUGGCGGCCUCCGGUCUCAAUCCUUCUCACCAGCCCGGCGAGGACGAGUGGGACCACCUGUGCGCCCUGGUGGACUUUGCGCUGGCCAUGAAGACCCGCCUGGAGGACGUGAACAAGCACUCUUUUAACCACUUCCAGCUCCGAGUGGGGAUCAGCUGCGGUCCUCUGGUCGGCGGAGUGAUUGGCGCAAGGAAGCCCGUCUUCGACGUGUGGGGCAACACGGUGAACGAGGCCUCCCGCAUGGACUCCACCGGCACCAUGGGCAUGAUUCAGGUGCCGAAGGAGACGGCCCAGGUGUUGGAGGCCCGGGGCUUCCUCCUGCAGCCGCGAGGCCUGGUGGAGGUCAAGGGCAAGGGUCGCAUGGAGACCUCGUACGUGGUGGGGCGGCGCGCGGGCCGCGCGGCCGGCUUCCAGCGCCAGGCCUCGCAGUACAGCUCGCUGGCGGCCGUCGUGUACGGCAUGGUCCAGGCGCGGCGCAGGCAGACGCUGCGCUCCAAAGCUGUCAAGGGCCCGGGUGUCUUCAGUCCGCUGGCUGGGCUGGCGGGGGCCGUGGGUGCUCUGGGCGCCUCCGUGGCGGACCAGGGGGUGGCGCUCUGACUACCCCCUCACCCCCACCCACGGCCACCCCCGGCCAACCCCGGCAGCGCCCUCGUCCCAGUGGAACGGCUCCUUUGGGGGUUCCCUUAGAGACUUCGGCGGCGGGGUCGGAACCGACAUGGGUCCAACCCACCAGAUCGGCGGCGGCCUAGGUCGCGCGCGGAGUCAGGGGCGGAGCGUGGACCAGCAGGGCCGGUCCUCAGCCCGCAGCCGACUGACCAACUUCAGCAGCUUUCGG